CCGGCCGUGUGUUGGUCUUCGCUCUCUUGCGUUGGGUCGACCUGCUCGUACUUCGGCGCAUCUCCUCUGCACUGCGUUAGUGCUCGCAUCGAUACUGGCGGCUUUUAAAUUGCUUGUUUCAUUUUUCAUUUCCAUCACUUUAUUGGAGAGGCGUGGGAUCUUCAACUCCAAGCCGUAACGCACCUCGUAUUUCCAGCCAAUGCGUCGAUCAUGGCGCCCCCAAAACCCUCUCCCACGGCUUCCAACGUCGUUACUCCCAUGACACCACCGCAGGAGUCGGAAACACCCCCGGUCAAGGAAAAGCGAAGACGGGCCGGCAAGCCCAAGGUUCGGACGGGCUGUGUGACUUGCAAAAUAAGAAGAAUCAAAUGCGACGAGCAGAAACCGGCAUGCCAGAGAUGCAUCUCGACAGGUCGAACUUGCGAUGGCUACAAAACCACCGCCAAGCCAAAGGCGACGAGAAAGCCUGGAUUCUCUCAGCAGCUCUCAUCAUCUUCAUCGAUUAAUUCAUCAUCAUCUUCUCUGACGCAACUACGACCCCUGGUGACCAACUUCAGCGGCGACACGGUGGAGAGUCAGUACAUUUCCCAAUUUCUUCCUCUAGCGGAGGACUUGGUGGGCAUCACGCAUGUUCACAACACCUUCUUCUGGGGACAUGUCGUACCAGAGUAUUGCUUCACGUCUAAAGCCGUGAGGCAUGCCAUGGUCGCUCUCAGCUCUGCAUAUCACGACCUUAGGCUCUCGGGAUCCGGCACAACUGCCAUCGGCCCGCCAACUAACAGCGAGCGCUACAUCAUCAGACAGUAUAACCUGUCGCUGAAUAGGAUGGCCGAGGAGCUGAACGGGCUGCCCAUGAGGAAACGCUACGGAAUCAUCAUGAUAUGCUGCGUCUCGUUUUUCUACAUUGAGAUUCUGCGAGGGAACUGGCCAACUGCCAUGAUGCACCUCGCCAACGGCAUCCGGUUAAUGUCCAACCUCCCAGACGAGGUCGAAGACGUCUUCCGCCACCCAGAAAUAUUCAGCCACGAUCACGACAAUUCUCACGCCAGGGCAACCUACAUGACGAAGCUGCUUCGCAGAUGGGAAGGAUCGGCAGCAUUCAUGAGGACCAAUUCACCACCUUCCUUGUCUCUCCAAGCCUAUGAGACAAGGAAGAGCAACGCCGCAGGGCCCAAGCAGUUUACAUCAUUGGAGAAGCUCCAAGAGGUUGUCGAUGACUUGUUUCAGGAUGUCAACGCCUUUAACUGGAUGUGCAGACAGUACAAUGGUGAUGACACUGCUUGGGACCAUGAGGCCGCCCGGUUCCAGUUCGACGUGCUACACCAGAGAUGCUAUCAUAUCAGAGAGCUGCUGAAGAAGGCAAACAGUAUGUACGGAGACAUGGAACGGGCGCCGAACCCGCGCGACUUUCUGAAGUAUAUGGGCUGCCUGCUCAAACAUCGCGGCGCGACGAUCGGUCUUAACUUUAUGCCUCUGCCCCAGGGUCUGGCCUAUACGCCUCCCGACGAAGAAGAGAGCCAGUUUAGAGAAGUGGCCUCUAUUGCGGAGAUGAUCAAGGAUGGCUUGCGGGCGACGUUGGUACCCGGACAGUCGCCGUGGUUCAAUGUGGACUUUGGAGUCGUCACCACGCUAUAUAUCGCGGCAUCGAACUGCUACACGGUCUCGAUGAGCGAAAAGCUGUUUGACAUGAUGAAGAGCUGGCCGUGGCGGGAGGAUCUGUGGGACGGCCCACAACUGAGACGGCAGUUGUACGAGCUCCGGAAGCCCAUCGUCGAGGUCCCCGUCGCAACCACACCUGACGCGGAGACGCCCGUUCCUACAACUCCUCAUCUGAUGAAGCUCGCUCAUCGGCCACCAUCCCGAGCAGCAGCGGCAUCAACACCAUCAACACCAGACUCGGACGAUUGAUUCCUUGUUCUUUUUUUUUUUUGGACGUAUGAUAUAUACCCCUUAUUCUUUCCCAUCUUUUUGAUUACUACACAAA